AUGUACUUUGGUCGUCUGAAGCAAUCCGGCUCAAACCCUAAUGAGACGUCCAGGACAGCGAGUCCAAUCAUCAACCAUCCUAACUAUGUCGGUGCUCCUUAUGACAACGAUAUAGCACUGGUCCAGCUCUCCUCCUCUGUGACUUUCUCUGAUUACAUAAGGCCGGUCUGUCUGGCAGCGGCUGGGAGUGUAUUUGGUGGAGGUAUGGAGAGCUGGGUCACUGGAUGGGGCAGACUACAAUCUGGAGGCUCAGUGUCUGAUAUGCUGCAGGAGGUGACGAUGACAGUUGUGAACAACAUUGACUGUAAUAAGUCUUAUGGAGGGAGCAUCACAAGCAAUAUGAUUUGUGCUGGACAGCAAGGGAAAAGUGCAUGUCCGGGAGACUCUGGAGGUCCAAUGCUCAGCAGGAACGGCUCCCUGUGGAUUCAGUCCGGCAUUGCAAGCUUUAUAAUAAUCCCGUGUGAUGACCCCAAACAUCCCAAUGGGUUCGCCAGAGUCUCUCAGUACCAGGACUGGAUCAAGUCUUACACGGGAAGCAACCCACCUGGAUUUGUUGCAUUCAAUGCAGCAUCCAACUUCAACCUCAGAAGUGUUUCCAGCCUCCUCUUAUUCCCCCUUUCUCUCACAGUCUCCAUCAUUCCUUUCACCUUCUCCCUCUUUCUCACUUCCUAA